AUGGAGCUCAAGGACAUGCCACUGGAGAUGAUCGACACCAUCAUCCGCCAUCUCUUUGAAUACGAUGAUCAGUGGGAUGCAACCGGCGGCGAGAACUGCAUCUACGUCUCCGAUGCUCGGCUUGUGUGCCGCCAGUGGAACUUCCUGGCCUCGCGACAUCUCUUCCACUCUCUGCAUCUGCGCCACGAGCCCCAAUGGCUCGAGAGGUGGAAUGAACUCAUGGACAAGGAAGUCGUCCAGCAGUGUACCAAAAGAGUGCACAUCGACAGCUCUCCCGUGCCGUUCAAGACACGCAACAGACACUGGGUGGUCUGGCAGAACCAGGGAGUGUAUCCCAGCUAUACAGAUGCACUCGCUCGCAUCAUCAAGCUCAAGAAUCUCACCGCCGUUGCAUUCCACUACACCAAGACGUGCCGGACUCACGAGGACUUGUACUACGAGGAAGAUGUUGAGACCGAAUCGACACGCGUCCGCAACCUCGUCAACUUCUUCAACGUGCUGCAUCGGCGUAUGCUCGAAACACCCGGCGCCAGUCCAAUCCGCUCGCUCACGAUUGAGAAUCUUCAAAACCUGAUCCUUCCCGACUUGGUCGCCUCAGACGCGUUUAGGAUGAUCAUCCGAGAGCUUCACAGUUUACACCUCGUCGUGGGCGAGGAGCGCAACACCCUGGACAGCGAGAUGAUGCUCGACCUUCAACGUCCUGAGCGCCUGGGCUUCGAGCCACAUUUACAAACUCAUUGGAUAGAGCCCAUCGCGGACCAGCUCACCUCUCUCACCAUCAUGUUCCAGGUGUGCUGGGGGGCGAUGCCGGCGAGAUUCGACACCAGCCACCUCCAUUUCCCCAACCUGCGCGUCCUUCACUUGGGCGCAUACGCGAUCGUGCAUCCCCAUCAAUUCGAUUGGGUUUUGAGGAGCAGGGACAUUCACACACUACGCUUGGACAGGUGUUUUAUCGGCUCACACAUUCGCUUCAAUAACAAUCUGAGGCAGGAGUGGGAGAUCGACAAUACCGGUUGGGUGCAACUGCCGAGGGGAGCGUUUGGAUUCGGCGACGAAGACGACGAAGUCUUCACUUUUAACGGAACAUGGGAAGAAGUGUUUAAUUCAAUCCGGGAGGAGUUGCCCGCCCUGACGGAUUUCCGCUUUGACUACAUACCAGAGGUAGAAGAGGUGCGCGAGACAUUCCUCCGCAGACCCGACCUGAUGAAGAACGACAAGCCCCAUGCCGCCCGAUACAGCGCGUUUGACACAGGCUGGUGCGAGGGCUGGAUAGCCAACGACGGACCAAUGUACUUUGGUGACAAUAAUCCAUCGCCGUCCGCACCCGAGCCACGGCCUCGGUACUACGACGUCGUGUACGAGCUGAACCGUGCAGAGGAGACCUACGAGGGGGACCUCCGGGGGCUCGAGGCCCUUGUCGCGGAGACUCGUAGAAAACCGUACUUGCAGAACUAG